AUGCCAAGUGAAGAAAAGAGUGACACGAGAAAGGCUCUACGCACCCCAAAGUGCGCUAGAUGCAGGAACCAUGGGGUGAUUUCGUGUUUGAAGGGCCAUAAACGUUUGUGUCGAUGGCGUGACUGCAGAUGUCCAGGGUGUCUUCUAGUCCUGGAGAGACAGCGGGUUAUGGCAGCUCAGGUGGCUCUCCGUCGGCAGCAGAGUGCCGGCAGAACAGCACGCGAUGGCGAGGCUGCUGCAUUAGCUGCGAGGAAACGCGCUUAUCGAGCAAGACUUCGCUGCAUGCAAAUGACAAGAGUUUACCCAAACUCAGCCCCUCAAUAUGGUAGUUUGCAGUUAGCCGGAAAUGACGACGCUUGGUCAGAAAGAGUUCGCAAGCGUCGAACAUUCGCGGAUGCUACUCUAGACAGGGACAUCCCCACUUUGUCCCUCCCUGACCCACAACCAGCUGCAGUUCUCUGCAGACAUCUUUUAGCGGCUCUGCUCACCAACUAUGCGCCGGCGCAACCACCGAAACCAAGGAUAUCCUUUUCCAUCGAAUCUAUUAUUGGCGUCCAGUAA